AUGGGAAGGAGUGAUUUGGAUGAUAGUGAUGAUCAAAAGUCAUCCAUGUCAUCGAAUAAUAAACAUUUCGAUCAUCGUCAUCAUCAUCAUCAUCAUCAUCAUCAGCAGCAGCAGCAGCAUUAUCAUCAUUAUCAUCAUGAUCAGGUACCAACCACAUCACGAACACAUCAUCUGGUACAAUCAUUAAUGCGAAAGAAAUCAACAACUUCAUUACUGCCUAAAAUUAUUCAUCAUCGUGAGUUGCAUGGAGAAGCACGACAGCUCAAUCGGAUGACCUGUCGAGUACGUUUGGAUCAGUUGGAAUGUCCAUAUCUGGUCGAGAUUUCGGGUGUGAAACGUUUUCUGGAUAUUACUCGAGAGUGUAUUUUCAUAGGUCUUUCAAAUGAUUCUCGCUAUGCAGUUGGCUUGCUCUAUUCAUUAUCUGAUUCAUAUCGUUCAGUGGGACAAGACGAAGACGAAACAGAGCUCAACAUUAUUGUAUUUGAAUUAUCAGCAACAUUGCUUAGACCCGCUUUCAUGACAAAUUUUACUGCUUGGCCGAGUACCGCGAAAGUUUAUGCAACAUUCCCAUACAGUUCAUCGCAUAUCUCAAUCGUUGGUUUUGCGAAGCAAAAUACUGAACCGAGAAAUGCAACUAGAUCGAGACGAGAUUUGGAACCUUUUUCGGUUAUUGCGAAAGUUAAAUUUAUACUAUUUCGUUUCCGUAUUACUAUUUCAUUGACUACAUGUCUUGUGAUGUCUUAUCGUUGGAAUGGCUUGAAGUUAUCGAGAGCAAUUUUGCGUUCAACGGAUCACGGUGGUAUAUUAAAUGGAGGAACUGCACUGAUUUCUUAUUUGUUUACGAAGAAUUGUCCUCCUUUAAAAGCAGUUCGUAUGUCACGUGUGAUAAUGCAAGUGAUUGAUCCAAAAAUAGUGGAUGGUGGUGAAACACAAAUCUUUGAAGGAUGUAAUUCGCAAGACAUCAGAGUGGAGGAUGCAACCUUACAUUAUGGAAACACGCCUCGAGAAUAUCAUUUAAAAAGAAUCACUGUUGAAGACAAAAAUCCCUCACCAGCAGGUUUAUGCGAGUCGCUUUUCAUCACUGAAACUCUGAUGGACAUUGAACGUUUGUUGUAUGAAAUCAUGCCUGUAGUUCUUUCCCGUAUGUAUGGAAACUACAAAUAUCAAGGUUUAAUUGAUUAUGAGGUGGAUCUUAUCGACUGUGAACAAUACAUAGCUAAUAUUGUGGUGACUGCAGUUAUCGAAGCUAAAGGACCCGGUGAAGCAGGGAAAAAUUCUGCUUACAUUGUUGUACUUUAUAUAGUAUGGAAUACUUUCGAAGGUACACGUCAGAUAUCUUCCUUUAGAGGUAUGCGUUUGGUUCCUUGGGCAAUUGCUCAUCGUCCGGAUCAAUGGUACCCAUUUAAAACCGUUUUAAAGAAGGAAUUUACGCCGGAUGAACGUGUUAUAUCCAAUAUUCCAUUUCUAAAUGGUGAAAGUUUAGAAUUUUUGGUGUCCGCUUCACCGGGAAUCACUAUUUGGAAAGAAUUUACUUCCCGAUCCAAAACUACUUAG